AUGGAUGACUGGAGCACCGAGACCAAGAUUGGCAGCAGGACUCGCGGCGGCGGUGCGCCCCGCGAGAAGGUCGUCAAGGGAUCCGCCGCUAUGAACGCUGCGUUCCGCCAGGGCGGCGUUUCUACCGAGAAGAAGUACGCCUCAGCAAACACCACAAAACUCCGCCGUCUGCCUUGGCCAGGGUUUCCAGACGCAACGCAUGCCAACUAA